AUGGGUGGAGUGGAUCCAGUGAGUUUAGCUAUUAUAGUCUUGUGUUUCUUUUGCUGGAUUGAAAUGCUGUUCCUCAGAGAUGAACGCUCAGCUGGAGCGGAACGUGAGCGGAUGGAGAAACUGUUCGAAAGAGCAGUAUUCGACGAUAAUUCGUUGGAAAUUUGGAUGGAGCUGGUUCAGUGGGCUUGCGGCAUUGAUCCGGGAUUCGCAAGAGAGAAGUUUGAGGAAGCCGUAACAGCAAUUGGCCUUCGUGUUGAUGUGGGCGCUAUGAUAUGGCAAUCAUAUCUAUGCUUUGAAGAAGCUCUGCUUGGAGGUGAUGAAACAAAUGAAAAACAGAUAAAAGUAAUCAAGAAUUUGUACAAGAGAGCUCUCCGGGUCCCAAAUGUGGAUCUAGCCGACACAUGGAAAAGCUACUUGGAGUUUGCGGGUGAGAAUAUUGACGAAGAGAUACAAACAGCGCAUGAGGCUUCAACGAAUUUGAUGAAAGAAUUUUCGAAGUAUGAAAUGAAGUUGGCUGAAACUGAUGAUAGCCUCGAUGCUUUCCACGAGUAUUUGAAUUUUGAGAAAGAAAAAGAUGAUCCAGCAAGAAUACAGUCUUUCUAUGACCGCAUGUUAGACAAAUACCCAGAUGAUGAGAAUAUAUGGUUUGACUAUGGACAGUGGUGUGAAACUAAGCUGAAAAUACACUCAAUAACUUGUCGAGUCUACAAGCGAGCGGUACGCCAUUGUCCGUACAGUUGCGCUCUAUGGCAGCAAACUCUUCUUGCUCUCGAGCGCGCCGGUUCGCCUGUGGAAGAAAUUGAUGGUAUGUGGAUGAGUGCUCGAGAAACAAUUAGCUCGCCAGAUGACGGAAGAGCUCUAUACAGAACGUAUCUCUAUAUGUUACGUCGCCGUGCCGAUGCAACUGAUAAGGAUUUCCAGAAAAUGGCUCUGGUUUUUGAAGAUGGCGCCAAGUCCCUAUCUGAGUGGUUUGGAGCGCACGAAUGGGAUCAACAAGCUACUUACCGUAAAAACUGGGCUUACUUUGCAUAUACAAAGCUUGGCGAUGCCAAAAAGGGUCGGCAAAUCUGGGAUGAUAUCUUGGCUUCCGGUGGUGGACGUUUUGCCGAAAAGUGGAUUGAGGCGGUGAAAUUCGAGAGGCAGUUUGGAACAGCUGAAGGAGCAAGGAAGUUGCUUUAUAAGGCGCUCAAUUCUGUAUCGGAUCAUCCUACAGUUGUAUUUGAGUAUUUUAUCCAGUUUGAGCGUGAGGAGGGAACAUUGGAGCAGCUUGACAAAGCUCUAGAAAAGGUGAUUCACCGUGAUUAUUGCUACCCUUUUUACUCUCAAAUCAUCUAUUUCUGAUC